AUGAACACGGAAAAUCGAUGCUUUCCACGGAUGCCGACAGAAAGACGAAAACGCACUGCGUUGGUGGGCUGGAGAGGGCCCCGUGCCAAACCAGCCCCUACUGCUAGGGGCCCCAGGGACUGCUCCUCUUUCGCCUUUCUGAGUGGCGGGAGUUUAUCUCCUAGAAUUGCAGUUUUAGUGUUGUGGGUGCGGCAAGUGCUGCAACCGCAGAAAACAUCAGCUCGACCAUCCUUUGCAAUGGUGCCUACAGGAGACAACAAAGAGUCUGCGAGGUCCCCAGGGACCGUAAGUGCAGCGGUCCCACGUGCCUCCGACGCAACGGAGGCAGAAGUUGUUGGUGCUUCCGAGGCAGACAGCGCUGCGCGGAAGAGGGAAGCUCUCGGGGCAGAACCGGGGGCCCCUGAAAAGAAGCAAAAGACAGAGGAGGAUGAGAUAAGCCCCGCUGUUCCGUUGGAGGCCAUGGGGCCCUUAGGGGACAUUUCGCGCCCAACCUCCGGAGGCCCCACAGUCACCUCCUCGGGGACGGACAGGGAGGCCCUUUCGCGGUUGAAGGGCGUUCAAGAUCAGCAGCAUGCACAGAUAGGCGGUGAACAAGUGACGAUAGCACCAGGAGUUGUGCAGUUGGCUUCCUUCGACAGAAACCUGCAUGCCUCAGUAACUCUGUCCCGUCCCUCCCUCUUUGUGGAAUCGCUACCAGCCCAAGAUCUGGAGGGAUCUUUACAGGCGUCUGUUGGCACUCACAAGGUAGAAGAGGCUAACAGGAUGCCCUCCGAGAUCUCGCCGGAUGGCAGGGAAGGGCUGCUGCCCGACACACCUGCUGAUAGACCGCCUGUUGCACUGGACGAGCAGAAAAUCAAGCAAAGAGACGAGGAGGCAGAAGCAGACGCAGCGAAGGCGGCAGCGGAAAGGCCAUCUUUUCCGAGUUGCAGUAGCUGGUUCGAUGCGUCCAAAGUCAGUCCCCUCGAGCAAGACAUCCUUCCUGCCCUCUUUGCUGGGAGUUCUCUUCCGGAGGCAGAGCGCGAGGAGGUGUACGUACACCUGAGACAAGCCAUCAUUGGCCAGUACCGGCAAAACCCGCAAAAGCACCUCUCCUUCACAGAAUGCAGACAGUUGAUUCCUGGCGAUGCAGCUUUGUUGCUGCGGGUAUAUUCGUUUUUGGAUUACUGGGGACUCAUCAACUUCCAGGCGGACUCCAGCACGCUGCCCUCCUCUGUCCGCAGGAAGAGAGAGUUCCUGAUGCGCGACAUGCAGAGCUGGAGCAGGUCUUCUCUGUACGAGAAGCUGCAGCAGCAAGGCGAAGCAGCAGCAGCGGCUGCAGGAGCAGCAGCGGAGACGAGUGCAGCACCUCAAGGGGAGGGGCCUUGGCGCUGCGUUGCCUGUGGGAAGAUCUGUCUCUAUUCGUACUAUGUCUUGAGGCCAGGUGGCACAGCCGGGGUGUCUUUGGGAGUGAUGGACAACUGCGUGUGGUGCCUCCGCUGCCACGCUGACGGCCGGUACCCCCAUGUACUUACCGCGCGCAACUUUGUGAAGGUGGACUUGCUCAUUGCGGGUUCUGCUGCGGACGGUAGCGACUGGCAGCUCGAUGAAACAGAACGUCUAAUUGAGGCGAUCGAAUUGCACAAGGACGACUGGGCAGAAGUAGCGGAGCACGUCGGAGGCGGCCGGACCCCUCAGCAAUGCGUCGAGCGCUUUAUCAGGCUUCCAACUCAAGAGCCAUUCUUAGACGCGAGCAAACAAGUAGUCAGCGGGACAGAGAAAACUCCAUUUUCAAGCUUUUCGAACCCUUUGCUGUCCCUCCUUGCCCUCCUCUCUUCCGUGGUGCACCCGUCUGUUGCAGCGGCAGCAGCACAUGCGGCGCUGCAGAAAGCAGUUGAGCUUUCUACGCCUGCAAACAGCUUGCAGCACCCAAAACAGGAGCAACCUGCAAGUGGCAAUAGCAACACAGCUGGGGCUUCAGCAGCAGCAGCGGCUUCAGCUCCGGCAACAUCGGCAGGGGGGGAUGCUGCAGCGAAUGCGGUAAAGCAGGAGCCCCGUAGUGCAGCAGCUGACGACAGUAGUAGCAGCAAGGAGUUGUUGAUAGCCGAAGAGGCGUUGCAGGUCGCAGCGGCAACAGCUUUAGCAGCAGGAGCGGCAAGUGCAGCCGAGAUGCUGCAAGUCGAGAAACAAAAUGUGGGGGCCCUGCUGCAAUCGCUGGUCGAACUUCAGAUUCGCCGUGUUUCUUUGAAGCUGAAGAAACUCCAUGCGCUUGAAGACGCAGUUACACGAAGCAAACAACAAGUGGAAAAUAAACUGUCGCAACUCUUUUCCGAGCACGCGGACUUGGCAGCGGAGCUAGAGGGCGCUAGGUGUCUUGGACCAGUUGGUGUGUUGCCUUAG